AAUUUUGAGAAAUAACAAUGAGUGCAUCACGUUUUGUAGAGCGUUUUUUACUGCAUCUUUUCUUCAUAGAGACAAAUUUACAACCACUUGUUUCACUAUAGAAAAAUUUAUUAUACAAAUCGAGUCAGAACUUCUGGCCCACCCUUUAUUCUUAAUCAAUAGUGAACAAUGAAACAUCUAUUACUCGCAAUUGAAAUAUUUCCAUAAAUGACUAAAAUGGUUACAGCAGUCUGUGCUUGAAAUAAAAGAUAAAUAAAUAAAUAAAUAAAUCCAUAUAUUUUAUGGGUAACAAUAUGUUAGGUUUUAAAUAAUUACAGUAGUCAAAGAUCUUUAUCUUGAAAAGUUCUUCUAUGAUCGAAGAAACCUCUCCGUGUUCAUCCAACUAAUUUGUCUUCUUUAGGUUCUAGUCCACAAAAUUUAUUAUCAUAUUCGCAUGGAGCAAGUACAGUUCCUUUAUUGGGUGAAACUAUUGGUGAAAAUCUUCGUAAAACUACUCAAAAAUUUCCUAAACGUGAUGCACUCAUUGUUAUUUCUCAAAAUUAUAGAGCAAAUUAUGAACAGCUGUGGCAUGAAAUAACAAUGGUAGCUAAAGGUCUAUUAUAUUUAGGUGUAAGAAAAGGAGAUCGAAUUGGAAUAUGGUCACCAAAUCGUUAUGAAUGGGUUGUUACACAAUAUGCAAUAGCACGCAUAGGUGCCAUUCUUGUUAGUAUUAAUCCAUCUUAUCGAAUUAAUGAGUUAAAGUAUGUUCUAAACCAAUCGGGUAUCAAAUUAGUUAUAGCACCAAAAUGUUAUAGAACAAGUGAAUAUGAACAAUUAUUACACCAAGUUAAAUCAGAUUGUCAUAAUUUAGAAAAAAUAAUCAUUUUAGAAAACGAUUGGAAUCAUUUAAUCACUUUAGGAAAUAAAGUAUCUGACGAAGAACUAGACCAAAUUGAAAGUCACCUUCAAUUUGAUGAUCCAGUUAACAUUCAAUAUACAUCGGGUACUACCGGCUAUCCUAAAGGUGUCACUCUAUCACAUCAUAAUAUUUUAAAUAAUGGAUUUUUUACAGGAAAAAGAUUUAAUUUCUCAGAAAACGAUCGUAUUUGUAUUCAAGUACCAUUUUAUCAUUGUUCCGGUAUGGUAAUGGGAAAUAUUACUUGUACUAGUAUUGGUGCAUGCAUUAUUGUUCCAUCAGAGACUUUUGAUGCAGAAAAAGUAAUGAAGACAGUUCAAGAAGAAAAAUGUACAUCACUGUCAGGGGUACCAACAAUGUUUAUUUCACAAUUGGAACAUAAAAAUUUCCAUAAAUACGAUUUUAGUUCAGUAAGAGUAGGAGUUAUGGGUGGUUCAACAUGUCCAACUGAGACACUUAUGCAGAUAAAAAAUAAAAUGAAUAUUAAAGAAUUCGGAACCUGUUACGGUUCAACAGAAACAUCACCAGUAAUAACACAAACAUUUGUUAAUGAUUCAUUAGAAAAACGAACGACGACAGCUGGAAAAGCUCAUGAUCAUGUGGAAAUCAAAAUUGUUCAUCCUGAAACAGGUGAAAUUUUACGACGAGGUGAAGUAGGUGAAGUAUGUACAAGAGGUUAUCAUGUGAUGAUGGGCUAUUGGAACAAUACAGAAGAAACGAUGAAAACAAUAGAUCAAUCAAGAUGGUUACAUACAGGUGAUUUAGGCACUAUGGAUAGUGAAGGUUAUUUAAAUAUUGUUGGUCGAAUAAAAGAGAUGAUUAUACGUGGUGGUGAAAAUAUUUAUCCAAAAGAAAUUGAAGAAUUUCUACGUAAACAUCCAUUAAUAAGUGAUGUACAAGUAAUUGGUGUACCGUCUAGGAUAUAUGGCGAAGAAGUUAUGGCCUGGAUUAAAUUAAAAUCCAAUAGUAUUCAAAUAAGUGAAAAAGAACUGAACGAUUUUUGUAAAAAUCAAAUUUCACAUUAUAAAAUACCGAAAUAUUGGAAAUUUAUUCAAGAAUUUCCUAUGACUGUAACAGGAAAAAUUCGAAAAGGAGAAAUGAAAGAAAUUUCUGUUCAAGAAUUAAAUCUUAAAAAUGAAAAAGUUUAA